CAGCAGUCGACGGUGGCGGGUUAUAAAAAUGAGCUCUGCAGACGGCUUUCAUUUGGACGACUUCUGAAAUGUACAUUGUAUGGACUUUCAUGACUUUUCCUGGAUUUCCCUGAUUGUUUUGAUCACAGUGUUAAAAAGAAAAAUGAGUCAACUUUGCAUCCUAUUCCUGAUCUUGUGUAUCAAUCAGAUUCACAGCAUCUAUAGCCAGGAAUGUCCCAGCACUCUGGAGCUGCAAAAUUCCCUACGCCAAGCCCAAAAGCUGCUUGCAUCACACGAGGCCUCGUACCUGCAGGGUCUCCGCAACCUGAAGAGGAAAAUCAGCCAGCUGCAGAACAGCACGACCCGAGUGACCAGACCCAGCGAUGCUUCCUGCACGAAACUGGAGGCUCCUCUCAAUGGACGAAAAUUAGGGAAGAUUCUGCUGCCCGGUCAUGAGGUUCACUUCCUGUGUGACUCAGGCUACGAGUUGGUGGGCUCUGAGACGAGGCAGUGUAAAGACUCAUUCACCUGGAGCGGCCAACAACCCGUCUGCAAGGAAAUAAACGAGUGCGCCUCUUCACCCUGUGCCAAUGGGGGUUCAUGCACGGAUGAAGUGAAUGGAUUCACAUGUGCGUGUGCCAGAGGAUGGGCUGGACCUACGUGCCAAUCUCCAACACCAAUAUUUUUUGCCACCACAACAAACAUCUCUGCUGCCACCACUGGAGCUGCAGCUUCCACCUCGUUCCCUUUAGCCACCCUUCUUCCAUUUGUCCAGCCUUCUAAGUGUAGCCAGGUCCAGGGCACCACACACUGCACCUGUGAGGCAGGAUAUACCAUUUCAGGCCGAGACACCAGCACAUGCACAGACAUCGAUGAGUGUGAAGUGUUCCACAAUGGGCCAGCAGGUCGUCUGUGUGUGCAUGCUUGUAUUAACACUCCCGGUGGCUAUCGCUGUUCAUGCCCAGCUGGCUAUGAUCUAAACCGGGACGGACGGAACUGCAAAGAUAUCGAUGAGUGCACGACAAGGCAGCACAACUGCACUCGUGAUCGGCUUUGUAUUAACACAUAUGGAGGUUUCCGGUGUGUUAAGGUGGAGUGUCCACGCAUCCGAAAUGCGACCUUCGGCAAAAUUUCACCCACGCACUGUGAAAGGAAUCCCUGCCCUGUGGAAAACAAAGCAUGCGCUCAGGCUCCCAACUCCAUCUCCUACCACCACAUGGCUGUGGUGUCGAAUCUCUCGGCUCCGCGGGUCUUGUUCCGGGUUUCGGCAGUGCGGAUGAUCGGAGAUACUCUUCGUUUCGCUGUGCUGGGGAGCCGCGGCAAAGGCCAUUUCAGCAUCCAGCGUUCAGACCGACAGACCGGUGAACUGCUGCUGCUCAGCCCCAUGAAAGGUCCUGAAACACUUGAGGUGGAGGUAGAGAUGAGCGAGCUGGAGAAGAGGGUGCUGAUUGGGCGCUACAUUACAAAAAUCACUAUCUUCAUCUCACAGUAUGAGUUCUAGAUCCAGAGUUCAAGAAGAAAACUCAAGAAAGAAGAAGAAGAAGAAGAAGAAAGAGGAGGGGGAGGAGGAGUAAAUCAGAUCUUUUGUAUGAAGUCCAGUUGGAGUCCAGUCUUUAUUGAGUCUAUUACUCCAUUGAAAUCACAUUUCUUUGUUGGUAAUUUUGUAUAUAUAUCACAUUCUAUAGCAAAUAAAAUUCCCAAUUCUUAUAUUACAUCAUGUUGUUCUUAUUUAAACUAAUUAUUUGUUUAAGUUUCGUGAGGUUUAGUAGCCUUUCGCUGCUUGUAGUGUAAAUGCAUGAAAAAACCCUGACUUGGCUUGACCUUCCCUCUAACUGACUUCAUCAUCUGCGUUGCCUUUAUUUUUUAUUUAUUUAAAAAAGAAAUUAGAGGGCUGAGUAUCUCUGUUCAGAUUGGAAAUAGUACCAAUA